AGGGGGACCGCCCUUGGGCUCUGCAUUCCCAGUGUUUAGCGCCCCUGGAAAGCCGCGCUCCAUGGGGCCUGAAGAUUGUCACUGCAGACCCCCAGCUGCAUUUUUUGUUGGAAUCGAGCCGUUCGCCCCAAGAGUUACGUUUGAGAAAAAUGUCUAAGAGCCUAUUUGAUGGUCAUUGGCACAGACGCUCCUGGGGACAGCGGGGCCCUGGGCCCUGACACAGGGCUGCCGGGAGCCUCCUGUAGAGAGACCCAGCCUCGGAUGUGCGCGUGUUUAUGGGGGACACGCACCUGCCCGGGACCCCGCAGAAGAUCGAAGGAUGUUUGUUCCGAGGUCUCUCAAAGUCAAGAGGAACGCCCCCGACGGCGGCCAAGGCUGCGCGGCCAAGAAAGAGAGACCAGAAGCGGACGUCGUGCGGUGGCAGGAGGGGAGCGGCCCCCCGGCGGACGCUGUCCCCGCAGGAGACACAGCAGCUGCCCACAGGUGCGUCGUCUGCGGCCGUUACGGCGAGUACAUCUGCGACGAGACGGACGAAGACGUGUGCAGCUUGGAGUGCAAAGCCAAACAUCUCCUGCAGGUGAAGGAACAGGAAGAGAGGUCGGCGCUCAGCGGCCCCCCGGGCGCCGGCUCGCAGCCGCAGGACCCGCUCCUGACGCCCUACGUCUACCAGGAGCACCCCUUCAUCGCCAGCCUCGGGGAGGACCAGGUCGAGAACCUCAGGCGCCAGCUGGGCAUCUGCGUCCAGGGGCGGGCUGUCGCCAGGCCCAUCGUGGACUUCGAGCACUGCGGCUUCCCCGAGACCUUGAACCUCAACCUGACGGCGGCCGGCUAUGAGGUGCCCACCCCCAUCCAGAUGCAGAUGACUCCCGUGGGGCUCCUGGGGCGGGACAUCCUGGCCAGCGCGGACACAGGCUCGGGGAAGACGGCCGCCUUCCUCCUGCCCGUCAUCAUGCGCGCCCUGCUCGAGGGCACGUGUCCGUCCGCGCUCAUCCUCACCCCAACGAGAGAGCUGGCCAUUCAGAUAGAGAGACAAGCCAAAGAGCUGAUGAAGGGCCUGCCGCGCAUGAAGACCGUGCUGCUGGUGGGGGGCCUGCCCUUGCCCCCCCAGCUGCACCGGCUGCGGCAGCACGUCAAGGUCGUCAUAGCAACCCCGGGCCGCCUCCUGGACAUCAUGAAGCAGAGCUCCGUCCAGCUCCGCGGCGUGAAGAUAGCGGUUGUGGAUGAAAUCAUGGCCGGGGAGCGGAACCGGCCCUGCCCCCACGUGCGGCAGAUCGUGCUGUGGGUGGAGGAGCCCGCCAAGAAGAAGAAGCUGUUCGAGAUCCUCAACGAUAAGAAACUCUUCCAGCCGCCCGUGCUGGUGUUUGUGGACUGCAGGCUUGGGGCGGACCUGCUGAGCGAGGCCGUGCAGAAGGUCACGGGCCUGCGGAGCGUGUCCAUGCAUUCGGAGAAGCCGCAGGCGGAGCGGAGGAGCAUCCUGGAGGGCUUGCUCGACGGAGUCCACGAGGUGGUGGUGAGCACGGGCGUCCUGGGACGAGGGCUGGACCUGGUCAGCGUCCGGCUGGUCGUGAACUUCGACAUGCCCUCGAGCAUGGACGAGUACGUGCACCAGGUCGGCCGCGUGGGGAGGCUCGGCCAGAAGGGCACGGCCAUCACCUUCAUCAACGACAACUCCAAGCAGCUCUUCUGGGACGUGGCCAAGAGGGUGAAGCCCACGGGCUCCCUCCUGCCGCCGCAGCUGCUCAACUCCCCGUACCUGCGCGACCAGCAGCGGCGGGAGCAGCAGGGGGACCGGCAGGCCCCGAACCCGCUGGUCACGGGCGCCAACCUCAUGGACAUCAUCCGGAGGCACGACAAGAGCACCGCGCAGAAGUGACGCGUCGCGCCCCCGGACGCUCUGAUCGGGGCCGUUCUGUACAUGAGGAUGCGUGGUUUGAGGAACCGGGACGAGGACAUGAAAUAAAAAUGGAAAAAAAAAUUGGGGGAGGUUUAGACAAAUAUUUCUUUUUAUUUAUGUAUUUAUAUUUU